AUGGGCCCCUGUACCGCCUCCUCACGCUGCUGCAAGGCCCCUAAUCUGCCAUGGGCCCCUGUACCGCCUCCUCACGCUGCUGCCAGGUCCACAGUGUGUCAUGGGUCCCUGUACCGCCUCCCAUUGCUGCUAUCUCCAACGCCACACUCUGCCAUGUGCCACUAUCAGGUCUCCUCACACUGCUGCUGGGUUCCAUUUUGUCAUAGGAUGCUGGCAGAUUACGGGCCUCACAUUGCUGCUGCCAGGCCGCAAAUCUGCCAUGGGCCCCCGUACCGCCUGGUCACGCUGCUGCUGGGUCCACAGUGUGUCAUGGGUCCCUGUACCGCCUCCCAUUGCUCCCACUCUGCCAUGUGCCACUUUGAGGUCUCCUCACACUCCUGCGGUUUUCCAUUUUGUCAUAGGUUGCUGGCAGAUUACAGGCCUCCCAUAGGUGCUGCCAGG